CCGUACCAGUUUUGAAAUCGGUUUUGAUAAUAUUCGCUAGUCAAAUCGUGAAAUUUUAGUUCAAAUGAUAAGCUAUCUAUCUAUUAAAUCCAUUGUUAACCGUUUGCGAAAUACAAUGUGAUAUGCGUGAAUGAUGAAGGGUACACAUAUGAAUGGAUAUAAGUUUUAAAAAAUAAUAAGUACCACGAUAUGAAUCACCCGACAACAUACUUUGCUGUUGCGCUUAUUCUUAACAGUGUAAUCACAUGUUUGUUGGCCAGCAAUGAUUACUUCGUCGACUUGACAAUUUGCAAUCCAUUAAAUGGUAGCCAACCGCAAGUACUGGUACCAGCGCCUAAUCUGCCGAAGGGAUUUUCCACGAGAAUACAAUGGACAUGGCUAGAGAAAGACUCCACAGUAGACGUCUUGGAGGUGUUCAAUGGCGUAACACAGAAGGGAUCCCAGAUUAUCUACAUGGAGGGUCAAACCAUUCAAGUCAUACAAAACUACAAAGAGCAACAAUAUAUCAGUUACACACAAGCUAACGGAUGCAACGUCCGUGGUUUGGGCACUUUCGAGUUUUAUGAUAACAAAUUGUGGCUGUCAUCCAUGAUAUCCUUGUAUGGAGCUGCAAAGUCUGCUCAACCAGUCUAUAAUGGGACGUCGACUGUUCGGGGAGUGGAUACAAAGAAAUACGUUGCAUGUAUGUGGCUAUAUCAGUUCAACAUAACAGUACAGGUGGAAAUGCAUUUUUCAAACAAUUGGGCGAUGCCUAUAUCUACGCCAGAUGUGUUUGCCCCGGUGCGUUUUGUCCUAAGAGGAAGCACGUCUCCAAAUGACACGGUCCAGGGCAGAAUUCCUUUUACUGUGAUAGGAGACUUCAGUGAGUACAAGCCAUUCCUGCCUGACGACGAAACAGAAAUGAAAAUGCAGCUGCCAGCUGGAACAUUUUGUCCCGGGCGCUUUUCUAUAACACCACUCAACCCUCUGCCGACAAGCUUUAGUGUGAUCCAGGAACGGAUUGAUUCAACACGUGAUACCACCACUGUGACUUAUGAAGAGAUCUGGUUUGAUAAAGACAAGAGGCUAGUGAGACGAGACUACAAAUCGGCCGAUGGUUCGGACCCAGAUCCUACAACGCAGAUAUUCGACUUUAACCUAGGUAUUCACUACAGCAUCGACACGUAUAUGGGCACAUGUGAUCCAGUGGCCUUACUGGACACGGAAGACCUGUACGUUCUACCAGGCCCCAACAACACCGUCCGCAUGAUGACUAGUGAAGAGUUCUUUCAUGUUAAAGAUGCGUUGUCACAAUAUGUGGGGACGCGGAUAACGCGUGGGGUUAGAUGCGAUGUUUGGGUAGGACUGUACGUAGAUGUUGACUCAAUGAGGAACUACACAAUAGAGUGGUACUUCACUGUGGAUAGCGUUGUAGAAGGAGUUGGCGGGAUAAUACAACCGGCCUCCCUGUUUCGUUACGAUAUUUGGCAGGGUCAGGGUCAGCCAACAGUGUUCAAUAUUUUGAAAAUGAACAAGGAGAAACCGCUACAAGAAGUCUUUGAUGUUUCACAAUGCUAUCAGUUUGCUUCCAAAGCUCGUAUUCUUAUUUAUUUUUCGGUGAUCAAUAACAAGACUCUUUCCAUGGUAAGUGGAAGUUACCUUAAAGAAACUCUGCAUAUGGAUACACUGAAGGAAGCAUUAUUAUCACCACUCCAGAUGACCAGGGUAUCGAUCCAGACAGUUAGCACGGGAGACGUAUACCUCGAUGGCAUAUUGCUUGACAAAUCGCCGAUAGUCAACGACAACAUCUUUCCACCGGCACCCGAACGCCAUGACCUUGGGCCUGCCAUCAUGUUUCUCCAAGGAAGUGUCGGAAACGGGUGGACACUCUCAUUAGACAGCACUGUCAUAAAUGAGACGGUGUUACUCAAGUCGCAAGGGAUUUUGCGCAUUAAGUACGAUGAACAAUUUACAACUACGCCAAGCACAACAACAAUGUCAACAACAAUAGCAACGCCUCCUCAACCCGCACCAACUACAGCCAGGCAGAUCGCGCCUACUGAACAAACACCUCCAGUGCCUAUAACUUCAACUUUAGGCCCAACUUCGCCUAGCAAGUGUACAUGCCCACCCAACACAUGCUCUUCGCCUUCAAUUGUGACAAAUCAGACUCCCGCCAGAUGCCCACAGGUCACAACGCCCCCACCUUGUAUUCCAACACCUUGUCCAGUUAUAACCUGCCCACAGCUCACGUGUCCAACAACAACAUAUGUGACCCCGGUCAAAUGUCCAGCCCAAACUCCAUGUCCGACAACAACACAGAGAAAUCAAGCAGCAUCGGCAACGAAAUGUCCGGUUCUAACACCUUGCCCUACAAUAACAACCACAACAAAAACGCAGUCGGUAACUACUAUAAAAAUACCAACAGCUGAAAAGCAAACAGGUGAACAAACAACGAAAGGUGGCGUAAGCGGAGAUCGUACCUCCGCUUGCAGGGGGCGCCGCUGGCGUGGCCGUUGGCAUGUUGGUCGUUGGAAUGUUGCUUGGUGCUUCGCUGCUUAUAAUAUACCGGCGCUUCAGACGUCCGUCACCGGAAGGAAGAAACAUUUUGGAUAAAUACCUAGACAACGCAGAAUAUUAAACACGUCGCAAUAUUUAUAUGUUUUGGGUUUUUGUGGAGAUCUGCUUAAUGAAUAGAAAUUGCGUGCUUUGUUUGAACGCUUUAUUGAUCGAAGGAAAAGUGCAACGGUAAUUUUGUUAUUUUACCAUUAUGUCAUUAUGUUAAAUUUAAUAUAUACUUACAUUUUGUUCAGAACAGUGCGAUCUCGGGUUGGUUUAAUUAAUUGUUGUUUAUUUGCAGUAAUUAAAUGCCGAAAAUUGCCUUGUUCGUGUGCCUAUAAUAACUGUGUUCUCAAUGAUACAAGUGUUUGCAGAUAUUUUGAUUGACAUUUUAAAUUAAAAUUGCAUAAACAGGGGAUAAUACGUAUGUAGUAACUUAUUGUGGCUGAUUGGGUUUACUUUGAUUCAAUCCAUUUUGGGAAAGACACGCUAUAUUUAGAAGGAAAACCUCAUGACAUAAUAGCUAACACAUGCCACUUUGAAUUAUUCGUUGUUAUCCAUGAUUUCCUUUGCUAAUUAAAAUUGAAACAUGAAGCAUACUUAAAUAUAGAAGUGAAAUGUUAAAAAAACACGUGUUCACAUUGAAGCCAGUGGUAUGCUAUAUGUCAUGUGCAACUCUCAUUUCUUAAAAGUAAAUACACAUUCGCGUUAGGGUUUUAUCUGUCCAUAGCAAUAACAGAUUCAAAUCAAUAUCUUUGUUAUAAACCAAUACACAUGUUCGUGCAGUUAAGUUAACGAAACAAAUACAAAUUCCAAAUUCACGAAUGACGUGAGAUAUACUAAUCUGAUGUGUGAUGCAUCACUUGAAUAAACACAUGCCUUACGUACACUGCCUGUAUUCAUUUUUGUACUCGCACAUGUUUCCUUAAUUAAUAAACAUCAGUGUGCAAUUGCUGUUUUAUAAUCAAUUCAUGUUAGCAACAUUUUUUAUAUCGGAUAUAUAUUUAAGCAAUUUUUGCUUCGGAAAAAAGAAUGAAAACACGUUGCAAAUAAGAUCAAAGUAGCAGAGAUCAAAAGCAGCUAUUUUUGUUCUAAACCAUUCUUAUUAUAAAGCCACAUUAAUUCCACAAAGUAUGUAAAUGUGUGCGUAUUACACCCGAUGGGUAGUGACUAACGGAUAUACAAAUGUAGCGGUAAUGAUUAUUUUACAUUAAGAAGUCUAUUUUACAAUCAAGUCUGCAGUCUAAUUUUAUCAUGUAUCCAGUCUUUCUAGUGUACUUAAAUUGCUUACCAUUUAUUCCUCAUGGACUUCAUGGUAUUUAGUUACAUAAAUAAGAGGAGGCCAGACAUCUCUUUUUGUUUAUGUUGAACCUAAUGCAUUAAACCUUUGAUUAUUGUAACUUUGUAUUUCAAGUUAGGGCAAUGCCUCCAUUGUGUUAUUGCCUGUUAGGGUAUAUAAGCCAGUGAUUUUUAUGCAACUUUGCUUCUUCUCACACGAACACUCAAGGCAGCUCCUGCCUACGUUCAAGGGAACAAGUCAAUUAGAUGUUUUAUUGGUUAAGAUUAUUGUUUUGAGUCAGUUUUAUUAUUCUUAAAAAAGUUAGUUAAAAUCAUUUAUGGUCUAUUAGUGUAAAUUAAUAUUUAUUCCGUUCUCUUCUCCAAUCAGUCAAUUAAAACAUUUAGUCUGUAGAUGUGUGCUUUAGUGUAGUAUUUGGCGUGUACUUUCAAAUAAACUGCAUAUAGUGGCA